UAUCUCCGUUUUUCGGUAAAAGCGCUGAAAAUCAUAUUACUCAGUUGCUAUUGGACUGUUUGCUGCGACAAUCGUGCGUGAAAAUUCUUUGUUUUGAAGGUUUUGGUAAACAUAAAAAUGGUAAACGAACCCAACAAACCACCUUCACAGGAAAAUUUAGCGCUUGGUGAGCGCCUGCUGGAUUCCCAAAGACAAUUGCAGGAGAUGCAGGAGGAACACCGACAGUUGCUACAAGAAAUGCAAGUACUACGACAACGUGCUGCUGCCUUAAGCAAUUUGAAUGAGCAACAAUUCAGUCGUGUCGGCGAACAGCGACGUGAAAGGACACAUACACCUGAUACACAGGAAACUGGUGCAAACCAUCAACAGAGCGAUGCCUCAGAAUUAGCCACUGCAGAAGUUGAGGAGCAAGACAUAGCCUCGUCAAAUGAUGCCAUUGAACAAAGCGCCAAUUUAAAUAAAGACAGCAGUACAACAACAUUUGGUCUAACACAAACGAAAUCGUCCGAAAACGAGGAGGAUAACGAUGACCCUGAAACAGCAGCGUAUUUGCAGAAAAAGUUAGCAGAAAUAGCGGCAUUGAAAGCACGUUUUAAGCAAGUUCAGAACAUUAUGAAUACCACUGAAAUGAUAGAGGAACACAUAGCCUCGAAAGGUGUUCCAAAUAGCACUGCCGCAGCCGCAUUGGAGAGUUCACUAAAUAAAUUAAUUAUUGCCGAUAGCUUAACCGAAGUGCAAUCUCCAUGUGUGACCAGCACAACGACUGUUCAACCAAAUACUAAAUUAAACGAAGGCGAUACUAACAUACAAAAUGAAGCAAAAAAAUACGAAAAUACACCGAACGACGAGGAGCAAGCUCUUAACUCAUAUGCACCAUCACAGCUGGCCAAUGAGGAGUUACUCUCAGCUAUGAUGAAUAUGUUUAGUGAUUUUACAGCAGAUUUACGUAGCCAGGCGGAUGAUUUGCGUGCCGAACGUGAUCGUUUGCGUGCGCUUAAGGAAGAUCUUUUACGCAGGAAGCGUCAGUCAUAAAAUUUUGCUAAGAUAUCUUAUAAUAUUAUAAAACAAAACUAUUAUUGAUUGCUGGUGUAUGUAUGCAUUAUACUUAUUCCACCUGUAUAUGAGCUUAAUUUCGGAUCCAAAAAACCGAAAUUGAUUUGAACAUAUAGCCAUGUUAUAAAUGUUAAAUAUGUAUUUAUACUUCAAGCAUAUAUAUUCAACAGUUUUAUUUAAUAAAAUUUAAUACAUUAUAUUAAA